AAUAAAAGCCCACCUGCGUUCUUUUCCCGCGACCAUUUCCAUAAAAAGAGCUCCCCGCCCCUCUCUCUCCUCCUCCCCCCAGCCCCAGGUACACUCCUCCGCCCAACCCAGUCCACCGCUAAGCAAGAAGAGCCAGGCGGGCGAGGGGGAGAGAGGAGGGACCGCUCAAGUACAAUUCUAGCCUAGUUUCUUGAUCGCGGUUUGCAGCCACGAGCGAGAAUCAAUCCCAAGAAUGUUCUAGAUCUUCCGCCUAGCGCCGCUGCCGCUGCUCCAAUUCGGCCUGCACGUGCCAUGGACGGGGUGGGAGGAGGCGGUGCUGGCAUGGCCGGCAUGCCCGGCAUGCCGGGAGCGCCUCAAAACAUUCUGGACGCCGGUGCUCAGGAGUACUACCCUAGUGCUGGCGCGUCCUACCCGCCCCCGCCCUUCCUGUCGCUCCCGCACCAGCUCUACUGCCCGCCGCCGCUCCCGGUCAUGCCGCCGCCGAUGGCCAUGCCCAUGCCCAUGCCCAUGCCCAUGCCACAGCCGCAGACCGUCGCGAUUCCGCCGCAGAUUGGGCUCCCCGUGCCGACGGCGGUCGACGGUCCGGCGAGCCGCGCGGUCGUGCUCAGCCUGCUGCCGCCGCACACGCCGGAGUUCGAGGUGGCGCGCGCGAUGGCGCCCUUUGGCGACGUGCGCACGGUGGACGCGCCGGCGCUGGCGUCCGAGGGCGUGGCCACCGUGCAUUUCUUCGACCUCCGCUCCGCCGAGAACGCCGUCACCGCGGUGCGCGAGCAGCACAUGCGGCAGCAGUGCCGCCUCAGUCAGCUGUACGCCGCCACGACCGCCUGGCCACCCCAGCCGCCGGCGUGGGACUGGCAGCAGGACGACUGCCGGGGCCUCGUCCUCGGCCAGGCCGUGUGGGCUCACUUCGCCGCUGCCUCCACCCUCCCCGACGACGGCGCCAACCGCGGCUCCCUCGUCGUGCUCAAUUCCCUCCCGGACGUCUCCCUCUCGGAGCUCCGCCAGGCCUUCCAAGCCUACGGUACGCACCCCCCACCGAACCCUUCUCGCCACAAUUCUCCUCUAAUGCCCGACUGGUGUUUGUUUGCAGGUCCCUUGAAGGAUGUGAGGGAGUCCGCGCAGCGGCCGAACCACAAAUUCGUGGAGUUCUUCGACACGCGCCACGCCGCCAGGGCGCUCGCAGAGCUCAACGGCCGGGACUUCUUCGGCCACCGCCUCAUCCUCGAGUUCACGCGCCCUUCUAUCCCCGGCGCACGCAGGCGCGGGUUCGUGUCGCCGCGACCCAUCGUCCCGACGCCGCCCAGGCUGCAAGCGGCGUGGCGUCCCUUGCCGUCUCCGGCGAAACAGCCGUCGUCGUCGACCGGCACGGGCAAGGCGAGGGGAGAGGUGGUUACCACGAGCAGGUGCUCCUCCAAGUCUAACGCGGGCGAUCGGUCCAAGGGUGGCACAACCCAAGAACGGAAGGGCAAGGGCAAGGGCGGGAAGAAAGCCACAAUUGUCGUCGACACGACGUCGUCGUCUCCGGCUUCGGCUUCCGAGGCGGCGGCGACCGCGUCGGCGUCCGGCAAGCAGCAGCCGCAGAAAGGAGUCGUCCGCGUGGGGAGCUGGAGAGGCCCCAAGAGCUGGAGAGGCGGGUGGGAGACGCGCUUCGAGUUCAAACAGCCUGCCGCCGCCGCCGACAGCAACGCCACCACCGCCGCCGACACGGACACGCAAGAAGCGGAGACGAGGACCACCGUGAUGAUCAGGAACAUACCGAACAAGUACAGCCAGAAGCUGCUGCUCAACAUGCUGGACAACCACUGCAUCGAGUACAACAAGAAGAUCGACGCCGGCGAAGGCGGCGGCGAGCCCUUCUCCUCCUACGAUUUCCUCUACCUCCCCAUAGAUUUCAACAACAAGUGCAACGUGGGGUACGGGUUCGUGAACCUCACGACGCCGGAGGCGGCCGUGCGGCUGUACAAGGCGUUCCACAAGCAGCCAUGGGAGGUGUACAACUCGCGCAAGAUCUGCCAAGUCACGUACGCGCGCGUGCAGGGCCUGGAGGCGCUCAAGGACCACUUCAAGAACUCCAAGUUCCCCUGCGACAGCGACGAGUACCUGCCCGUGGUUUUCUCGCCGCCGCGCGACGGCAGGCAGCUCACCGAGCCGGAGCUCCUCGUGCCGCGCUCGCCCAUACCGUCGCCGUCCUCCCCGCGGAAGGGCCAGGCCGCGGGCGUGGACCCGCUGGCGCUGGAGCUCAUGGCGCCGCCCUCGUCGUCCGGCGACGGCGCGUCCUCGACAAUGUCCACCCACGCCGACGAGGACGUCCAAGGCGCGAGCGGCAGCAACGACGACGACGACGGUGGGCUCGGCGAGGAGCUACAGCGCCUGGGCUACACCGACUAGGUAUAGGCACGCGGCGAGCCAGCCAGCUAGCCUAGCAUUUGCUUCGAGAAGUGGCCGAGCAAUGAUGGUGGUUGCUGCCAUGGCAUAUCUCUGGGGCGGAUCUGCGAGUGAAGCGAAGGGUCACACAACAUUUAUGGCAUGUGAAUGGAGAUUGAACGACGACAGGAGUGUGGGAGAUGAAAUGACUCGAGAAAAGAAGCGAUUUGAUGUGUGUGGUUUCGAUGGAGAGAGGUAUCAUCAUCAUCGCCGUCGUCAUUCAUUCGUACUAGCUGGAUGCAUGCAGCAGGCGGAGUCGUGUUCUUGUGGUUUUUAGAUUUGAAGUUUAAGUUUCUCUCUUUGAAACUUGGAGCUAGCUGGCUAGACUAUUCUUCUUCAUGCGUUCUUUCGUUCGUUACAUUUAUUACAAGUUUUAUGUACUCCGAAUUUCGACACCCUGUGAUGGUAAUGAUAGGUUUGAUCA